AAACACAGCUGCGUGGAAAUACGAAGGCAAAACAGAAUAAUAAAACACAGAAAAUAGAAAACUAAGUGAAAGAAAUAGUAUAUUGAAAAAAUUUUCUUUGCCACUAAACUUCUAAAAUCACGUUAAAACGAGCAAAAAUUAUUAGCAAAUCAAUCCAUUAAAAAUUCUAGUUCCUUCUACAAUAUUGCAUACAAUUUAAAAAAAGCUAGAGUUUUUCAGCCCAGUCUUAAGUGUUAUAUGUGCAUGCAUAUGGUUUAGUGAACAAAGGCGUAAUUUCGAUCACCUGUGAAUAAAAUGAGGAUUUAACCUAACGAGUGACUUUUGAGUGGUUGAUAUGUGUUGUCCAUAGUAAACCAAGAAAGAAGUGUUAAUUUUGCAAUAACGUAAUACAUACAUCAUUAUUAUGACGCUAAGUUUAAGAGCGUAAAAAAGGAAUAAUUGCAAAUUAAAACUAUACAAAACGGAAAUACCAAAGUGCAUUAUUCGUUAAAAUAACAACUGCAACAACAAUAGUGUUACGUAGCCAUUACUGUGAAGUAUACUCAUGGAAAGAGUACUAUAAAUAGACAAAUAUACUGGAAACUUCUUCAACUUUCACAGUUUUAAAUAGUUAUUAACAAAAUAAAAAGCUACAAUGACUAUAAAGCCUAUAAUUUCACCAACGCAGAAACGAUCGGCUUCGGACGAAAAGAAAGAAACUCAUAGCCAUAGUCAUUCACAUACUCCACAUCCACAUGGAACUCAUACUCAUGGACUUGGCCAUAAUGCGGUUGAAUCAAUCAACAGUCAUAAUCAAAACAGUACUCGAAGUGCUAAUACACAUGCUCAAUGUCGGGCUGGGCAGAGCCCUCAGCGGAGAGUUGAAAUUUUCGACGACAUAGCCCGUCAUCGUCGGAGCCCACAUAAAAGCUCACGUUCUAAGCGUCGAGAUCACCAUGACCACCUACAUAAACGGGAACGCGUAGAAAGAGAAAAACUUUCCACAGUAAGCGUUUCAAAUAACACAGGCUCCAACAAAUGUAGCAGCCCGCAUGUUCAUAGUAAUGUAUCUUCAAGUACAGUUGCUGUUAACAAUAAUGUUAACACUCCCGUGGGAAAAAAUGGAAUGGGUACUAAUGCCAGUACACCGCAGACAGCUGAAACGGUCGAAAGUUCAGCUGAUCAAUUGGGUUCCGGAUCAGUGGUACGUAGUUGUCAAAGUCCCAAAUCAUCAACAUUGACUACACAAGCAGCGGCUAACUUGCUGAAAGCAGUCGAAGAAACAUAUUCUGGAUAUAAUAGUGGUGACGAGCACUUGAGGCCCAAAGAAGAUGCUAUUACUGCCGAUGAGUGGCAGCAACGCGAUGAACAGUUUGCAAAAUGUAUGGCUGGACGUGGAUACGAGCUCCGAUCAGUUGAGGAAGACGGUGCUUGUUUAUUUCGAUCUAUCUCCUUACAAAUUUACGGUGAUGAGGAAAUGCACGAUGUAGUCCGCCAGCAUACGAUGGAUUACAUUUACAAAAAUCGAGAAUAUUUUUCACACUUUGUCACUGAAGAUAUAAAUAGUUACAUUAAACGAAAACGGCGAAAGGAUUCUCAUGGUAAUCAUAUAGAAAUACAAGCUAUGUCGGAAAUAUAUAAUCGUCCAGUUGAAGUAUAUUCAUACAAGCCAACUCCCAUAAAUAUUUUCAAUUCGGAGCAAUUGAAUAAGGGUUAUGCACCACUGCGUCUAUCCUAUCAACGAGGUUCGCAUUAUAAUGCGAUUCUUGAUCCAUAUAAUGCGACUGUGGGUGUUGGUUUAGGCUUAGCUGGUCAUAAGCCUGACCUUCAAACGAAAGAAGCUGUACUCUUGAGCGAACAAAUGGAAAUUGAACAGACAAUGUUUGAAGAUAAACUGAAAACAACUGAUUGGGAAGCUACGAAUGAGGCUAUAGAAGAACAAAUUGCACGAGAAUCUUAUUUGCAGUGGUGCCGAGAAAAUUUGCAAAAAAGUCGUAUUAACGCUACUGCGGCAUCCACAUCAGCUACUGUAACAUCUGCUGAAAUUGCUUCAGAUUCGGAAGCAUCACCUUCCAAAUAUUCUGUUCAACACAAUAAUUCUAGUGAUUUAAAUACUAACACCAGCAACUGCAGUAACAAUUCUGUACAUACUGACAUUGAGAAGGCGACUCAUACUGACUCUACAACAAAAACAUUUGAGCGCAACUUAAGUUCAAGCGUCGAUUCGACAGAUACACCACCAGUUUUGGAGCAUAAUCGUGGCUUGUCCCCGAAAUCAUUAAAUCUAAUAACUCACAGUGUAAAUAAAAAUAUAACGUCUCCACAUUCCGUCGGUGAUUGGGAAUUAGAUAGUGAUGAUACGGAUAUAAGUAGUACCAGCUCAAUCGGAAUGGGCAGUGUGGGUAAUAGUACUGGGAGUAUGAAGGUAUUGAAAAAGCGUAGUGCUAAUUUGCGGACUGGUGCGAAAAAACGACGUCGUGAACCGGUGGUCGUGGCAAAAGGAAAGGGUGUUGCGGCAUCUACUCGUGGGAUAGGAAAAAGUCCGAAAUAUGAAAGUGAGGGGGAUCCACCUAUGAUGCCAAUAAAGUCGCGAUCACAUACUCCAGAGGGUGAGCAGCAGCCUUGCACUUCAAAGCAAUCGUGCACUACAACUCCCGAAAAGGAUUUUCUGAAUGCACGUGAUAAUUUAUUGGAUAUGCUAUCGGCAUCUACUUCAAAAUGUACCUUACCAUUGUCAAAAACUUCAACUGAGAGCUCAAACCAAUCUGUCGACAAUCAAGAAUCUUCAAACUUUUAUCAAGAGCUUUUGGAAGCUUCGUAUGCAGCAGAUGGUUUUGGCCAGUUAAGCGAAUCAGAAAUGUUACAACGUGCUAUACAAUUAUCCACUCAAGAGUACAUCGAUGAUCAAAAGAGGAAGUAUUUGUUUGGGCCAUAAGUUUAAGUUACUCAAUAAAUGCAAGCAUUUUUUUUCUGUAGCGUGUACAAUUUAGAAUUGAACAAUAAAAAUAAAAACAGUGUUAUUACUUGGUGAAUUUA